AUGCAGGCCUGCGAACGACUUGCACGUGUGUUGCGUUCGCAUCGCGGCCUUGUAGUGGCACUCGCCGCGCCGUUCGCGCUCGUGCUGUACUUUAGCCAUAGCUCUUUGGCUUUCAACAGUCGCAGCUCGAGUGACUCUGUGCCCUUGGCGGUGGUGAAGCUCAGCGGACGACCUCACGCAAAGCUCGCUCGCGCAGCGAUAAACCCUGGCGAGUUUUCGAUAGGAGUCGUUUUAUGCAGCACGACGCGAGGCGUCGAAAACGUAGAGUGGGAUCACCUGGCGCUCACUUCCAUAAUGUUGCCCUCGCUGAAGAGCACCAUGGAAGACGAAUACACAUACUUUUUGUACAUCGGCGUGGACACGGAUGAUGAAGUUUACUCAACGCGAGAAGCGAAGAGUACGCUUUCUCGUCUCGCGGGUGACAACGUAUCCGUCAUCAUAGACGCGUUCCCAAGAGUUGGCCAGCGCAUCCCUAUGAACCAAAUAUUGCGCCGCGCGUACGAGGACGGGAUGGAUUACAUCGUCCGCGUCAACGACGAUACUGAAUUCGCCAGUAUGAUGUGGACUACGCUUUCAAUUUCAGAGCUCAUGCGAGGAACGCCUGCAAACAUCGGUGUCGUAGGCCCCAUCGUCAGCGGACCUCCGAAUGUCAACGGGAAUAUUCUGACACACGACAUGGUUCAUCGAACACACAUGGACAUCUUCAACGGCGAGUACUACCCAGAGUGUUUUGAGAAUGCAUGGAUAGAUGAUUGGAUCACGCUUGUGUACGGACACAGAUCGCGAGCUAUAUGGGAAUGGCGAGUCCAUCACCACACCGAUCACCACGGCACUCGAUAUCGUACGCAGAAGCGGCAGAAACGAUGGCUCGUCGGAAAAGUCAAGGAUGGUCGACGUACUAUAGACCUCUGGAUACAAGCGCGGAACUAG